AUGGAGGAGGCAGUGAAGAGGUAUUUGGAGAAGAAGGAGAAAGACGUGGACAUAGACGCAAUGCCCCGUAGAUUGUUUGAGACUGUGAACGCCGGUAACAUUUUGCACGGUGGUGCGACGGCGACGCUGGUGGAUGUGGUGAGUACAGCUGUGCUGUACACCCAUAGAGCUUCCGCCAUCGGAGUCUCUGUGGAUAUGAGUAUCUCCUACUUGGAUGCUGCUUAUGCCGGUGUGGAGGCCAAGACUCUGCGCAUCGGAAAAGCAAUUGGUGUUGUUAGUGUUGAGCUUAGAAACAAAAACACUGGCAGAAUUAUUGCUCAUGCCCGUCAUACUAUGUACUUUGUUGUGUCCAGUAGAAUGUGA